UUUCCAUCAAUGUAGUCUUGUGGUGAUAGACAACGAGGGACCGCAUAUCGGUAUUGCGAAAGCUCACAAAUCAUAGACAUGCAUUCUUGAACUGGGGCUGCCGGUCUUGCUAGCUGUGCAUUCUCGUAUAUACAUCUCUACUUUAAUAUGCUAUUAUGGAUUUGCUACAACAUACCGGUUUGCUGAUAUGGUCGACUUCAUUGACCCGAUCAUAAUAGCUUUGGUUACUGGGUUAAAAGGGGCUCUUCGGAGCCUGCCAGUUGUCUGCAUUCAGUCUUUCGGUGUCUGUUACCAGUCUGCUCCCGUGAGGCUCUGUGAUCGAACCCAGUGUUUUAUGAAAAGGGCUGGCAAUCUCUUCUACGGCCUUCUUUCUUACCUUUUUUUUGACCUUAAUAUAUUAUCAUUGACUCGCUACAACAACAGUUGCCAGCUUUUUCUAUCGGGAAUUGGGUUAGAUCACAGAGCGUCAUGGGAGCAGAUCAGUGAGAGACACCGAGAGACCGAAUGUAGACAUCCGGGAGGGUCACAAAGCCUUGAAUAAUGGAGCUUAGUUGUUUACCAUUGUCUUCACGAUGUAGCUUUUUUUCCAGUUGCAAUGACAGUAUGUUUUGUAUUCAAUUUUGAUUAUAUUGGAAGUAGGUCUAAAAUUGAAGUUCAGCCUUCAA